AUGGCAGUGGCCAUGACAAGUGUUCUCACCGGAUCGAUCACGGUUAUGAGCUCUUUCGCAGCAAAAGACCUGGGCAUGACUAAUGCACAAAUCACUUGGAUGAACGCUGCAUGCUCGCUGUCGGCCGGUGCGCUGCUUCUCUUCUUUGGCAGCAUCGCCGAUCUUUUUGGCCGCAAGUCUAUGUUCAUUGGAUCGAUGUGCCUCUUCUCCAUCGUCUGUCUGGGUACUGCUUUCGCAAAGGACGGCAUUACAAUCGAUGUCCUCUGCGGCGUCCUAGGUAUCUUCUCAGCAUCCGCUGUUCCACCGGCGCAAGGCAUACUCGGUACGAUUUACGACAGGCCGAGUCCUCGUAAGAACAAAGCCUUCGGUUGCUUCAGCGCUGGUAACCCGCUUGGCUUCGUUUUCGGAACUAUUUUGUCCGGACUCUUCACUCAGAUCUUCAAUUGGAGGGCUGGUUUCUUCCUAAUCGCAAUUACAUACUUCGUCACCUCGAUCGUCGCGGCAUUGACAGUGCCUGUGGAUACAAUGCCGAAACAGAAGUUCGACCAGGAGACGCUGAAGAAGUUGGACCUACCGGGUACAGGUAUGACUAUUGCCGGUAUUGGAAUGUUCUGCGCAGCCCUCAGUUUGGCGGGUGACGCACCGGACGGCUGGAAGACGCCACAUGUACUAAUUCUGUUGAUCCUCGGUCUACUGUUGAUUGCUGCGUUCGUUGUGUGGGAGCUCAGGUAUCCCUACGCUAUUGUUGAUAUGAACGUCUUCAAAGACCGGGACUUCUCCUUACUACUGCUCAUCCUGUCGUUCGGCUUCCUCGGCUUCCCAGUAUUCUCGUUCUGGCUGGCGCUCUACUUCCAGACCGAGCUCGGCUACAACGCCCUCAUGACCGGUGUGCAUAUGCUACCCAUGGUCGUAGUGGGUUUGCUUGCGAACGCCAUCGCCGCAUUAAUCCAACACAAAGUCUCCAACAAGCGAAUUAUGGGCAUCGGUGCGUGGGCGUACGUGGCCGCGUUCAUUCUCGCUGCUGUACAACGAUACGGCGACUCGUAUUGGGCUUUCUCGUUCCCUGCUUUGUGUCUGUGUGUAAUCGGAGCGGACUUCGAGUUCAUUGUCGCCAAUAUGUACGUUCUCUCCUCAAUGCCCGCGAACAAGCAGUCGAUAGCAGGCUCGCUGCUCCAGACUCUGACUCGACUCUGUACCGCCGUCGGCUAUGGUAUUGCUACCGCCAUCUUCGAUGCUGUCGAAAGAAACCCGCCGAAGUCUGGAUAUUAUGCGAACAAUGUGGUCGCACCGUUUGCCGCCGUGUUCUGGUUCGCCCUCGGCGUUUCCUUUAUUGGCGUGCUCUUCGUCCCCUUCCUUCGCAUCACCACUCAGGGCCACAAGGGCGACACAGGGCGUGUAAAGCAGGAUGGCAUCGAGGACCACGUUGACAGGGCUAUAGCCCUCGAUGAUGGCCACGCUGUCGCUGCCCUGAGCGAGAAUAACAGGCAUAUCGAUGGUGGAGCAAACCCAAAGGUAUCUUGA